UUCACACCUUGAUAGAUCUUUGCCCGUCGUAGAUCCUCACAACGUUUCGUUCUCCCGUCACCUUGGCGCAAUCGUUUACGACUGUCUUCCUAGUCGCACAUACGCUUUCACCAUUGCACUGUUGAGCUCCGGGUUACACAAGGUCAACACGACCGUUAGAUGGUCCAAUUCUGCUUAAUGCCCCGAGGCGCCUCGGUGUAGUUAUACACAAGUCUUGUGGUAUAUCCUCCCAAGACUUGUAUCCAGAUCAUCAUGGAACCACCGGAUUCCACCACAGCCUUCACGUCUCUUCCCUCCGAACUCAUCCAUCAAAUACUUGGCUAUCUUCCCUUGUCCGAUCUUUUGUCCACUGGCCUCGUCAGCCGCUCUCUACAUGAGCAUUCCCAGCAAGACAGUUUGUACCACUGCUUCGUGCAAGAGAACGUCCCAAGCAGGGUUCUAGAAAAGCCCCCUAACUCAUCAUGGCGGGAACUUUUCAAGUCUCACCAUCCAUUUUGGUUCAUUCCUCGCAACAAGAUCUGGUUCUCCGACCAUCCCCACACUGGAAAAUUACUAGUCGCUCGAUACGAUCAUCGAAUAGAUGCCAUCGAAGCAUAUUCCAUUGUGGCCGAACGAAAGCAGCCGAGCGUUUUAGCCUGGGAUUGGAAUCCUGAAGUCAUCAUCCAUACUUUCACGCCUCGCAUACAGCUGGAUCUGAAUGUGCCAGUCAUUCGUCUUGAUGCUAAUGCCUAUCAACAUGCGGUUGGUGAUCAAGGUUACCGACUGCAAAAAGAGAUCCCAAUGCACUUACACGGAGAAUCUCCGAGCUCUUCCACCGGACUUUUCUCCCAAUUAAUGUUGACGCGUCCAUGGCCGAAGGCAAUAACAGGAGCAUCGACGCCAGUUUGGCCACCACUUAGCCUCCCGAGCAGUACACGUACACGCAACGACUCAGCAUCCCAUUUCCGAGAUGUGCAACAUCGACCCUCUAAGCUUCCCGAGAUGUCAACAGAUACGUUCAGAUUGAGGAGGUGGAUGCAAUUCUCCCCUCGGCUUCAGAGCAUGGGGGCGCGAAUGGGUGAGGACAUAACAACUUGGGCCACAUUGCCUGAACAGUACUACAGGCCCACUGCAGACAAGCCGUGGCAAGGCAUAUGGUGCGGUGAUUAUGCAGGACACGGGUGUGAAUUUUUGGCUAUCAUGCAACCCGACGACCCUCUGCCUUUACCUGAAAGAGCGGAAUGGGUAAUGCGAUUACGAGAACGUCAAGGUAGCGUCAGUAGUUCUGAUUCUUGGAGCACUGCCCCUACCAACGCCACUUCGGACGACGACGCAGACGGUGACGAGACCAUGCAUGAGUCCGCAAAUGGCCUAGAAACGAGUGUUGCGACACUGCAAGCGCCCGAUCACGAAGACUCAUUCCACGACCCUGCUUGCGUUGCUGACGAUGAACGGAUAUACCGUGGGCGGAUCGAGGCCGUUAAGCUAACCGGAGACCCCAAUAUUCCCCGUGGAGAAUAUACGUUUAUUGCGCCAGACAUAAGUAACAAUGGUCUGGUACGCAUCGCGACCGAGGAGUUAUUCAAGGGGGCGAGGAUAGUCAAAAGUGUUGGUCAUAUUGCCGCCAGAGGCUUUAGAGAUGAUGACUACAUACAGUCUCAGUUGAUUCUUAUAUCCCAUGACAGACUCGCCCAAUAUUGGGAAACCUUUGGCCACGUAUCAUUCUACCAGCGCGUAAAUGUUGAUGACUUCGUCAAAGUCUAAUCCUGUCUCCGACACCGUUUUUGGUUGCGGUACUCGACGAUGAUGAAUUUAACGUUACGCUACCAAUGCUGCGCUGCGGUCAUGGGGAUUUCCAGCUUUGUGACGUAUGUAAUCAUCACUUUCCUUCCUGUCUUCAAAGGAUGGCCACAGUACAUAGCAGCA